GAGCCGAGCCGCCGGAGCACAGAGGAGUCCGGCCCGUCUCUGCCCGCAGCCCGCUCACCUCGCUGCAAGGCCACCGCGGGGAACAUGGCGACGGAGAAGACGAAGCAUGAAGGAAGAGUGAAGAUCGGACACUACAUCCUGGGAGACACGCUGGGAGUGGGCACGUUCGGGAAGGUUAAAGUGGGCCAACAUGAGCUGACCAAACACCAAGUGGCAGUCAAGAUCCUGAAUCGACAGAAGAUCCGCAGUUUGGAUGUGGUGGGAAAGAUUCGCCGCGAGAUCCAGAACCUCAAGCUUUUCAGGCAUCCUCACAUAAUUAAGCUGUAUCAGGUUAUUAGCACCCCUACAGAUAUCUUCAUGGUUAUGGAAUAUGUCUCAGGAGGAGAGCUGUUCGACUACAUCUGCAAAAAUGGAAAGUUGGAUGAAAAGGAGAGUCGUCGGCUGUUCCAGCAGAUUAUUUCAGCUGUGGACUACUGCCACAGACACAUGGUGGUGCACCGGGACCUCAAGCCUGAAAACGUGCUACUCGACGCACACAUGAAUGCCAAGAUCGCCGAUUUUGGUUUAUCAAACAUGAUGUCUGAUGGAGAGUUCCUGCGAACAAGCUGCGGAUCUCCAAACUAUGCUGCUCCUGAGGUCAUCUCAGGAAGGUUAUAUGCUGGUCCGGAGGUAGAUAUCUGGAGCAGUGGGGUCAUUCUCUAUGCCUUGUUGUGUGGGACUCUUCCUUUUGAUGACGACCACGUGCCAACACUCUUUAAGAAGAUCUGUGACGGGAUCUUUUUCACACCAACGUAUCUGAACGCCUCCGUAAUAAGCCUCCUUAAACACAUGCUGCAGGUGGACCCCAUGAAAAGAGCCACCAUCAAAGACAUCAGAGAGGACGAUUGGUUCAAACAGGAACUUCCCAAGUACUUGUUCCCCGAGGACCCCUCCUACAGCAACAACAUGAUUGACGAUGAGGCCCUGAAGGAGGUGUGUGAGAAGUUUGAGUGCACAGAGGAGGAGGUCCUGACCUGCAUAUACAGUCGCAACCAUCAGGACCCGCUGGCCGUCGCCUAUCACCUCAUCAUUGACAAUCGUCGCAUCAUGAAUGAAGCCAAGGACUUCUACCUGGCGUCCAGCCCACCCGACUCUUUUCUAGACGACCAGCUCCUGACUUCUUCUGGUGGGGCUGUGGCCGCCAUUGUCAAGCCCCACCCAGAGCGCGUACCCUUCCUCCUGGCAGAGACUCCUCCCAGGCCUCGGCACACGCUGGAUGAACUGAACCCCCAGAAGUCCAAGCACCAGGGUGUCAGGAGGGCCAAGUGGCACCUGGGAAUCCGCAGUCAGAGUAGACCAAAUGAUAUCAUGUCAGAAGUGUGUCGUGCCAUGAAACAGCUGGAUUACGAGUGGAAGGUAGGGAAUCCAUAUUAUUUACGUGUGAGAAGGAAGAACCCUAUCACUGGGAUGCAAACCAAGAUGAGCCUUCAACUCUACCAGGUGGACAGUAGAACCUACCUCCUUGACUUUCGUAGCAUAGACGAUGAUAUGUUGGAGGUAAAAUCUGGAACUGCUACCCCUCUCCGCUCUGGGUCAGUGGGCAACUACCGCACCACUAUCAAGAACGAUGUUGACGGGGCUGACACUCCACCUACAUCUAGCAUUGUGGCCCCCACCAAGGCGGCAGAGGGCUCCUUAGCGUCGUCGCUAACAUCAUCCAUUGACUCAGCGGGAGGCGGGGACAUCGCACCUGUCCCACGACCGGGGAGCCACACCAUCGAGUUCUUUGAAAUGUGCGCGAAUCUUAUUAAACUACUUGCACGAUAACUCGCAAAACAAUCGCUAGCCUUUUAUCCUCUCUGAGUGUCUUUAUAGCAAUAAGCAUGCAACCGAUUCAUGGCUCAAUUCAUCCCUGCUGAGGAUGAAGUGAUUGUUCCAUGGCACUGAUGCAGGUUGAUGUUCCCUAAGCUGAAGGGAUGUAUACUGAGCUGACAGGGGAUGUAAGGGGUUAUUGGAAAAAGAUGAUUGACAAGCUACGUAAUAGCUAAGACAGAGCAACAGUUUCCUGACCAGUUUAAAAGCAAAAGUCCAUGUUCCACCUACACAUAAAUGUGUAAGUGAUUACACUGAAUUUUCUGUACUGUAGCCAGUGAGCAUUCCAGUGCAGAGGACAAGACCACGACUUUGCCUGCAGAGAAGGAAGCCACACGUUGAGGGUCGAAGUAGUUGGGUGGCAGACACGUGUGUAGGAUGCAGGAAGCACUUUUGCACAAGUUCCUUUUCUCUCCCGCUGCUCUUGUAUUUCAGUAGGGAUCAGAGAGGUGGUGCAGAUGUAUCGGGGUGCUGCACUGGCUAUAACUGGGGUCACCAUGCCCGUUGUUCAUUGGACUAGAAGAAGUGCAAUGACCCCUGUAUUUCUGUCUCGUGUCAGGGAUAAAAGAAUGCAUCAUCAGAUUUAUGUUUGGUUUUCUUCUUUUUGUGGAUCUGACUUGUCAAAACCUAAAUUUUCAUAGUGUUGUCCAUGUUGUAAACAUUUUUUUUGAAAAUUGUCUGUCCCCAACAUUUUUAUAUAUAAAGAGGUGAAUAUAUUUAUCAGUGCGUUAAGUGGACAGACGGUUGGUUCUGUCGGAAAUGGAUUUUUCUUUCUUUUGUUGCAUUAAGAUCUAUUGCUGGAUGGUAUAUAUUUUCCUUUUUUACUGUCUUGUUUUUUAAAUCAAUAUCACACUUUUGUUUCCUUCAAUCACAAUUAUUCUGAUACUUGAUUGUCUUUCCAGAUAAAUAUAGCCUGCUUCUACCAUAUAAGAGAUAUUUUGCCAUGACAGUCAAAAUAUAGAAAUAUCACUUUCAGCAUCAUGUAUAACAAUAACAAGUUUAUUUUGCUGUAUUUUUCUUUAUUUUUUUGAUUAAUUAUUAGGAUUUCAGAAUGAUUACUGAGUGAAAUGCCUUUUGCCUACAUUCAAUUCGUAAAUGCCAAUUGAUCACAAGUGUAGAGGCCCUGGCGCUCAAAUUGAAAAUGAGUAGCAUACAAUGCAUGGACAGUGUAUUGGCAGGAGAAAACCUCCUAAAUAUUGUCAUUUUUUCAUGUCUUUGAUUUAGAUUAUUUGCUUGAAACUUGACAUUGGGGUGAAAAAGGUUUACAUAUAUCUAAACCUUAAACAGACUUGUGAGCUUGUCAUUAAGUCGUGCUGUGUACGUUGAAAUUCUGAAAAAUGAAAAAACACCACACGAGCAUUGAUCAUGAAUGUGUGGCCGAUUUAUAGUUUUUAACAAAAUAUCAGAUGGAACUUUAUGUUUACAAUCUCAAAGUCUUCUGAAAAUUAUGAAGUGUCUCCCUCCAUUUCCUGUCCAAAGUCCUGAAGUUUGAAGUGGUGUCUGUUGUUUGGCUGCCUUAUCAUUAUCAGUACUGUUCAUCCGUUUUUAUGUCAGUAAAAGUCACAAAUUCAGUGCUGAUCCGAAUUAUUGGCCCCUCUUUGCAUUUAUAAAGGUUGAAGUCCACCAUUUAUAUUGACGGUAUUAAUUGACUUAAUUAGAAAUACACGAAUUAUUAAGUGUUUACAUUUAAGAAUAAUAUCUUGACUGUAAAACUUGAAAUUAAGUUUCGAUGUUGCUAAAUGCUGUAGACAUCAGUAACUACUUCCAUCUAACCACAAUAGGAAAAAAACAAUCAAACUUAUUUCAUAAAUUUUUUCAUAAAUUAUUAACCUUGUUUCUGAUCUUAGUCUGUUGUCAUGUAAUAUCAGAUACCUAAAAGAAAGAUUUUAUUUUUUAUCAAGAGCAGUUGCUGAAGUUUCCAGUGUUCGCUCUCCACAGCUUUAAAAAUCCAAAAUAUCCCCUUUGCCUAAACAACUUUACAUUUCAAAGAUAUGUUUCAACAAAAAAGACUACAACAUUGAUCAUGUUGUCUCCUUGCUGUCCUACAGGUUUGGUUUGGACUUAAAUAUUUAGUUGAUAUUUGACCUUCAUUUUUCACUUUUAAACCAGAGUUUAUGACACAGAGAUUUUGGGAAAGAAAUGCACACUAUGGUCUCGGGAAGAUCUUGAAAACCUAAACCGUUUUAGUUUGGAAGGGAAGUUGCAAGUUCUGAAUACAGAGCUCGGCCAUGACUGACAUGGUGGGUUUUGUGGAAAAGAUGAAUGUGUGAAACAGUGACCUUUUUGACAGCUUAGUUUCCUAGAGGACUGUUAGCAGGUGAACUCUGUCAGUCUGUCUGUGCUUCAAAGAAAUAUUGUUCUAUUUUUGUUUGGUGUGUAAAGGGACCCUACUAGAUCGACCAGUGUAAAUCUGAAUGGACAGUGUUGAAAUCAUUUGUGUACACAACUGCCUAAUAAACUGCUAAAUUGCACACAA